UUCGGUAGAUGUGAGCGAGCUGCGUAGUCGUGAUGGACGACCGAAGCAAAAUCGCAGGAAGAAAAUCGUUAUUUGAAAAGCAUUUAAUGCAAUAUAACUGUCAGUGAGCAAAGCAAGUGAUUUUCAAUUAACAUUGUAAUCUGUAAUCACAGUUGAAGUCAGCGCUAAACAACGUCAAAAGAAGGAAUAAUAAUUUUGAUAAAAGAAAAAAAUAAAUAAAUGAAAUAAAGAAAUAAAUGAUUUCUUUCAAUUAAAUUGCAACUAAUAAUCGUGAGUGUGUACUGUUAGAUGGUGAAUCGGUGAACUAAUCGAUGAAUCUGACUUUUGUGUGUGUGGUUUAAUUACCUAAAAGGGUUUUGUAAUAAUUCAGUGAAAGGAUUUGUGGCAUUGGUUGCUUAAGUUAUUUACUGUGCUUGAACUACCAUAGGCAAUUCAUAACUACCUAACAACUCAACUAAAAGCAAACGUAAACAAAACGCGCAAAUUCAGCCGAUUUACGUCAGAAAAAUAUAAUCACUUCUUGCAAAACAAUUUUUCUGAUUGUCUAGUGCGGCGUAGAGCCAAUAACAAAGAGUCUCGAUGAUGUCCUUAAGACGUUUAGCAGUAAUUGCACCGUUAUCGCUCAUGCACAAUAAGCACAACAACACUUCAAAUGUGGUUAAUCUGACAACCACAACAACAGCAAGUGCAACAACAAAUGUACAGCUGAAAAGUGCAAAAGACAGCACAGCAACAACAAAUGUUGACUUUAAGCAAACACAAACAGCAGCAGAAACAACUACAACAAUUGUUAACAACAAACACAAUAAUAAGCAUCAAAUUAUCGACGAUGUUAGUUACACCGAUGAUAGCGCCGCCGGCAAUAGCAGCGAUGACAGCAAUGAGACAUACACUAGUGUAAUUAACACAUACGCGGACGGCGGCAACGGAUUGCAAACGAUACGCGCCAGUUUCGGCGUGAGCGGUCUCUUCGGCCACAGUCCAGGUGGCAUUAGCAGCGGCGGCAAUAUCGGCAGUGGCCAUCAGUCGUAUCCGCAUACAAUUAAUGGAAAUGCCAAUUUACUGUUAUGCGGCGCCAUGCUGUCAGUGGUUACCACCAUUUUAUGCGUUGUUUGUUAUUGUUGCCAUCGCAACAUAAAGAAGCGCACCGAAGCGGCAUAUCGCCAACAACACCAGUGGCUGGAAAGCGAUCCCAACAUGGAAAUAUAUAGUGUGGAGCAGAGCUACGAAACCUCCGGGCUAUUUUUGGGUGAAUCCAGCGACGGUUUCACCACCUUGGCAACGUUGCAUCACGAACCGCCACCUUCGUACGAUGCCGUGGUGGCCAUGCAAGAGCAACAAUUGCUGCAACACCAACUCUACCAACAACAAUGCCGCCUACAACAACAACAGCAGCAACAUCAACAACAGCAAAUGCAUUUACAGCACAGUUCGCCGCCGCCCGGCUAUCGCUCCACGCUCACCGUCAACGACAUGCCAACACCGACCAUAUCCGCAUCGGCCGCAACCAGCAACAUGGCCAUGGACACGCUGAACAACGACAGCAACGGCAAUUUGAGCAGCAGCUGCAACAUCAGCAUCAGCGGCAACAGCAUUGGCGGCAAUAGCUGCAGCAAUUUCUUCGCUUGCGGCAAGCCCACGGCGUCGGCUAAUAGAUAUAACAGCAACAGUAACAGUGCGGCCUUUUUCAACAUGAAGAAAGCGCUGAACGCACAAUCAUGCUGCUCGCUGCAGCGCGCCGAGGUCGAGAAUAUGUGGAACGCUGCCGCGGCUGCAGUGGCGGUGCGCGCCUCACAUGCCACAUCCUCGCCAUGCGGUGCCGCCAGUCUGGCAGCGGCCAAUGCAGCCGGCAGCAGCAAUGGCAGUAACAACAACAACAACAGCCGCAGUCAUAUAUCGCCCAUGUUGCUGGCGCGCAAAUCAUUGCCGCUGCCAUUGACGUUGCCCGCGAAAUUCUCAGCAAAGUCGGGCGCACGUCGUUACCUCGCACAUCAAAGCACUUAUUAUCGUCGCGGUUGCCCACUUUGCGGCAAAUUUCGUUACGACGUCGAUGAUGCACUCACACUGUCAGUGGAGAGUGGAUUGGACGUGCCCACAACCACUUCAACAUCAACAGCGGCAGCGACAGCAGGGCGUGCGGUGGCGGCAGCAGCUGCUAAUGACAAUGAAACUGAGGGUGAAGCAAGCGUGUGCCGGGAUUUGAGGUUAGGUGACAGCUGUCAGCAGCUAACUGCGUUAGACGAUGUGGUUUUGAAGGACGGCAGGAGCGGAUGUGAACGCCGAACGGCCGCAAGUGGAGCAGAUACGUUGGGCCAUGAACGGUUCGAUAAAUGUGCGUGCGUCGUCAAUAUUUUGGAAUCCCCAACCACUGUAAUUAUUGAUAGCGAUAGCAAUGGCAACAAUAACAAAAGCAGCAUCGUACGAAUUAAUGGCGCUAACAACCCAAAUGCACAACCUAAUGAGUUGCGCAACGAAACACCUGUUGAAAAUCCCACAGAAACGAUCGAUCAAAAUGCAAAUGACCAGGCAGUGGCCGAGAAUGAGAGCCUGGUCGCAGCUCAGUGCAUGGAGUUGACCGAAAAUGCGAAUUCUGAAGCUGUUGCUUCAACCAACGCCAGGAGCGCGUCAAAUCCUGACACCGAGGCAGCCACAAAGGUCGUUUCGGGUGAUGUUUCGUUGCCUAAUUCACCCGAGGAUAAUACUUUGGAUGUUCUAAAUGCCAAUAGUGGCAUCAUCAGGGUCGACAUGAGUAAGAUCAUCGAUCAGACCGGGUUACCUACCUAUGAAGCAGUCGCAAAGCUGGAAUCUAGUGGCUAUGUGUGAACGUACUGACGCUGCUUAAUGAAAAGACAGAUGUGCUUUAUUAGUUUUAAUUGAGAAAAAGUCAAAAUAUAUUUUAUAGUCACUAAAAGUGCAUACGAUUUAUUGAAUACACAGUACAUAUUUAACAAGAAAAAUAUCGUAAAAAUAAAGAAAGAAAU